AUGGCUGCGGGUUGGAAUAAAUUUACAGGCAAAAGCCCAUAUCCAGAAUUAUCAUCAAACUCUGACCAUUCAUCUGUAUGUUAUGGUGUUAAGACUAACAGAAAUUAUCGUCUUGGAUGGAUUCAGGGUAAAAGAGAUGAGUUGAUGGAACAAUCUGUAAUUGAAUGGAUAGAAAUUGUACUUAAAAAGUUUGCCCCAUCUUCAAAUGAAAUUGGGGAAUGGUUAAAAAAUGGGGUUAUAAUUUGUGAAGUUUUAGAGGCAACAUUUCCUAAAUCUUUAGUUAGAAAAAUUAACUAUAAACAAUCACAAUUUUCAUCAUCAGAAAAUAUUCAAAAUUUUUUGGAGUCAGCCGAAAAACUUGGUAUCAGAAAAGACCACUUAUUUGAGGCAUCUGAUUUAAUAGAUGAAAAAGAUUUGGGAAAAGUUUUUAGAACAUUAAAUAUUUUAAGAGAAAAAUGUUUAUAA